CUUGAAUCAGACUCUGGUGAUGAUGUUCAGGAUUUCUUUCCCAUCAGGGUAACGCCAGAUUAAAAUGAAGGUGCGAAAAACGACCGUGUGUGACAAUUGUAGGACUCGGAAGCUUGGCUGCGAUGGCAAACGCCCGGCCUGUUCCCAAUGCUCCCUCCGAGGGCGCGAAUGCCCGGGAUAUCAAACCGAGUUGAUCUUUCGUGAUCCCCUAACGCCAAGACCGCCAUCCUCAGAACGGAAGGGAAUCCAGACUAAAAGACGGAAUAAGCCCGCCAAGAAACCUCAUGCUUCUACUCAACCCAUCUUUAACCACAGCCCAACCACUAUUAGCCGCACGCUAAGUUGGCCGUUGAGUGACAUCAUCUCCUUGUGCGCUCAGAACUUUGUCCCGGAAUGCGAACUUGUGUUCGCAUCGAGCAACCCAGCCGUAUCACAAUCACGAAUAUGCGGCUCCUGGAUCGAAGUGCUGCCAUCUUUGAUCCAGAAAGAAGAACACCAGCACCUGCUUUCGCUGGCUAUCAAAGCCCUGGGCGUCUCCAUAGUUGCCAGAGGAUCUGAUGGCCGGGCACCAGUGUCCGAUGCAUUGGAAGCACAAUGUGGAGCGUUGCACGCUUUACGAGAUACAAUCCGGCAUUAUACCUCCUCAUCUUUCAACGCUCUCGCUGCAGCCAUGAUGUGCUUAUAUCUCUCAGAGAUGAUGGUACCUAGCGCACAUGCUGGCUACGCCGUGCAUGGAAAAGGAAUCAGUGACUUGAUUCAGCUACAUGGACCGCAAUUUUACAAAUCAGGCAUUUCCCACAAGCUUUUUGUCGGAUUUCGCCCGCUUCUCAUUAUUGAUUCCUUCCAAACCCGGACGUCCAGCUUCCUCUCCGGCGAUGAAUGGAAAAACGAGCCAUUCCGCAUCAUCCCCACAACGCCUCUUCAAGCACUUAUGAAUGAUGCCAGCAUACUGCCAUCACUUCUCGAAAGACUGGAUAAUUCGAAAGGUGGAUCGCUCAGUCAAAUGGAGGCAAUUGCACAAGACUCACUAUUUCAAUUCAUUGGAAUGAUUGAUGUUCUCGAUAGGUGGUAUCAUCGGACCUUAGCCACUUCCAACCAGAGUUCGUGGUGGCAAGUGUCCAAAACAGGCGAUGGACAUUGUCUCUGGUUCCCGAGCAUCUCAAUGGCCAAUUGUCUUACACACUAUUGGGCGUUUUGGGUCUUGUGCGUUACUCAAAUCAGGCAGUUGAGAACCAUGUAUCCAAGUUUGAUGGAUAUGCUGAUCGAGGUGGACGGCCACAGCCCAGAGAGUGACCACGUCUCCCAGAAACUGGGAGACAUGGCGAAAUGGAUCCUAUUGAGUGUCGAGUUUCUGAUGCAAGACAAGAUGAAAUACUUUGGAAUCGCUUCCGCAUCUUUUCCUGUCCAAACAGCAUGCGGUGUUCUGGAAAUGGACAUGGACGGAGGAAAAGGUGCGGAUGACUGGAUACCUGCGAGGGUCAUGCAAAAUAUCUUUCAGCAUGGAUACCAAGAUGUCAUAUGGCCUGUCCUGCCGCUAGUAGCAUAGGUAUCAAAUUUACCCCCUUCGCAAGCUGAA